UACACCCAAACAAUUUAUAUUGGUCAAUUGGUCAUAAACUUAUUCCUCUCUUCGUUUCCGAUAGGAAACCCGAAUUCAAUUUUGGUUGCUUCCAUCUGAAUACGAUUCAACCGCGCUAUGGUCUGCGAAAAGUGCGAGAAGAAGCUAGGGAAGGUGAUCGUGCCGGAUAAAUGGAAGGACGGGGCCCACAACACCACCGAAGGCGGCGGCCGUAAGAUCAAUGAGAACAAGCUCCUCUCUAAGAAAAAUAGAUGGGCGCCUUAUGGACAAUCAAAGUGUACCAUAUGCAAGCAGCAAGUUCAUCAGAAUGGCAAGUACUGCCACACAUGCGCUUACAGUAAAGGAGUGUGUGCGAUGUGUGGAAAACAAGUGCUCGACACCAAGCUCUACAAGCAGAGUAAUGUUUAAUGUAUUUGUAGCCAGGUUAACCCGAAGACCCCAAUUUGUUGUUAUCUUCUGCUUUUUGUCAUGAGAUCAGUCGAUGUUAUACUAAUGUUUGGAUAUUCUCAUGUUGACUUGAAUGCACUUCUACUACUACUACUUAAUCUUUCAAGAA